GAAUUCUGUGCACCCAAAGCUCAAUUUCCCUCAGCGAAUGCCUCCAACAGUUGGCCAGGCAGCCCCCCCAGCCCCUUCGUCCUGCUGCCCAACUCCAGUGCCCUGGCCUGGGCCUCCAACAUCAGCACUCCCCCCUCCUGGCCCCCGCUCAGCGCCCUGCGGAUGCUGGCCUCCCUGGAGGGCCAGUCAUGUGUGGAGGCGUGCCAGAGCGCAGGCCUGAUCUGUGAGCCCGCUUUCUACCGCUUCAUCAACAUCAAAGAGGCCUUCAGCGGGUGAGCUGCUGCUGCCUCCCUCCACCACCAUGUGAUCACAUCACCAUCUGUGUUACACAACAUUACAUCUUGUAAUUUAACAUUUAGCCAUUUAGUAGAUUCUGUUAUACAGCACGAUCACUAAGGAAACAAACUGUGAACAUGAGCAUCUUAAAUUCUUCUGAAGAUCCUCUCUCAUUCUAAUGCACUACCCCAUGUGUUUUGGUGGUAAUGAUAUUGAUAACCAUUUAUAAAGCCUUUUUUAAACAUAGAUUAUAAUGUAAAUCACAUGACUUAAUAUGAAAAAUGAUAUAUAAAGGAACUUCUCUCUGGUGUCUCCUCCCAGGCUGGAGGUGCAGUGUGAGGGGGUGGAGGCUGAGAUGAACCACAUCUUCCCAGCCUUCUCAGUGGAUCGCAGUGAGUGUGGCCUCCAGAAAGACGCUCUGCUGUUCAGUUGUGCCGGGGCCAACGCCAAGUACCACCGCCUCUGUCCCUGCAGGGACUACCGUAAGGGCCAGGUGGCGCUGUGCAGGGACUGCUUAUGA